UUUCAGAACGAGAUGGCGGCAUUGUCACCACGUGAAUCUGGUAAGUUUAUUGCUUCUUGUGCUAAACACGUGUCUAUCAAAUCAAAAGGUGUACAAAAGGUCGCUAAACUAAUUUACCCUGACCUAACAAAGAGCUUGUACUCCGUAAAAAGUUGGCGUAAGCAUGAACUGCACCCGAAAGAAUGGAAUAAAGCGACCGUGGAUUGGAUUUUUUUACUUGAUACGCUCAAUUUCUCGUUCUGGGUGGAACAAGAUACCCAACCGUUUGUUGUCAAGUAUCGUGGAAAAUGUUAUACUGGAUAUUGGGCAUUAUGUGCGGCUAUCAAUCGUGCAUUAGAGAAUGGUAUUCCAAUAACUACCCCUUCCUAUUGUGCGAAAAUCACUAAAGAAAAGUUGAAAGUUGUAUUUGAAUCUGAAACAUUGACAGAAAUCCCACUCAUUGAAGAGAGAGUAAAAAACCUAAAUGAAACUGGAAGAAUUCUGGUUGAGAAAUACAAAAACAGUUUUGUCAACAUGCUAAAAUCUUGCAACAAAAGUGCAACAGCAUUGCUUGAUCUGAUAACCACCCAGUUUCCGUGUUUCUGUGAUGUGGCAAAUUUUCAAGGUCAAAGGGUUGGCCUACACAAAAGACCACAGAUCCUAAUUGCAGACAUUUGGGCUUGUUUUGAGGGAAAAGGUUUUGGGGAAUUUUCAGACAUCGAUAGCUUAACAAUGUUUGCAGACUAUUUAGUUCCAAGAGGGCUACAGUUUUUAGAUGUUAUUGAAUAUUCAAACACGCUACAAAGUGCAAUCAAUCAGGGCAAGCAUCUUCCCAAUAAAAGUGAGCUGGAAGUGGAAAUUCGAGGUUGUAGCAUUUGGGCUGUGGAAUUAAUUUGCCAGGAGUUACGAAAAAUGCAAGAUCAAAAUUGUAGGAAUGGGAAUGGUGAUAUGGUAGUCAUUAAUGCUGUUCUUGUUGAUUUUUUUCUGUGGGACUAUACUAAAGCCCAUGAGAAUACAAUUGCCGGUUUUCCAAUGCACAAAACAAGGUCCAUAUAUUAUUAACUGUUCAAGAAUAUGUAC